AUGGAAGAUACAAGAAGUGCAGAGGAGGAAUGGGAGCCUAAGCCUGGAAUGAUUUUUGAUUCGCUUGAUAAUCUUGUCCAACACUACAAAAGCUAUGGGAAUAAAAUGGGUUUCGAAGUUAUUAUACGAUCUUCAAAGAAAGGAUAUGAUGGAGAGGUGACAAACGCGACACUAGCUUGUUCUUGUAUUGGGAAGUCACGCAGUAACCCCGUAAAUGCUUUUAAAAUGCAUCCAGUAACAAAAACUGAUUGUAAGGCUCGAAUUGGUGCAGCUGUACGUUCUGAUGGCAAAUGGAAAAUAUGUUCAGUUGUGUUUGAUCAUAACCAUGAACUCAGUAGUCCUACCAAAAGUAGAUAUUUCAGAAGCAAUCGAAUUAUACAACCAUAUGUAAAAAGAAAGCUUGAAGUGAAUGAUAGGGCUGGGAUUAGGCCAAAUAAAAAUUUCAAUUCCAUGUUAGUUGAAGCAGGCGGUGCUGAGAAUUUGCCUUUCCUACAGAAAGAUUGUAGGAACUACAUUGAAAAAGUUAGGAGGUUACGACUUGGUGUUGGGGAUGCUUCUGCAAUCCAAAAAUAUUUUUUGAAAAUGCAAAAUGAGAAUUCUAAUUUCUUCUACAUAAUGGAUUUAGAUGAAGAAGGUCGAUUAAAGAAUGUUUUAUGGGUGGAUGCAAGAAGUAGGGCUGCAUUUAAAGAGUUCGGUGAUGUUGUGACAUUCGACACUACAUAUUUGACCAACAAGUAUGAUAUGCCGUUUGGUGCUUUUGUUGGUGUUGAUCAUCAUGGUCAUUCGAUACUGUUAGGUUGUGGGUUAAUCUCCAACGAGGACACAAAGACAUUUGUAUGGCUUUUUCAAUCUUGGCUUGCAUGUAUGUUGAAUUGCGCUCCUAAAGCAAUAAUCACUGAUCAAGAUAAGGCAAUGCAAAAUGCAAUUGAGAUUGUGUUCCCUGGUACACGACAUAGAUGGUGUUUGUGGCAUAUAAUGAAGAAAUUGCCUGAAAAACUUAGAGGUUAUAGUCAAUAUGAACAGAUUAAGUUUUCUUUGCAAAAUGCCGUGUAUGAUUCAUUGACAUGUGAGGAGUUUGAAGAACGUUGGAAUAGGUACAUUGAUAAAUACAACCUUCACGACAAUAAUUGGUUGCUUGGAUUGUAUAAUGAAAGACGACGUUGGGUGCCGGCUUUUGUAAAAGAUACUUUUUGGGCAGGUAUGUCUACUACUCAACGCAGUGAAAGUAUGCAUGCAUUCUUUGAUGGAUAUGUUAAUUCAAAAACCACUUUAAAACAGUUUGUGGAACAAUAUGAGAAUGCAUUGCGUGAUAAAGUGGAAAAAGAAAGGGAGGCUGAUUUUAAAUCUUUCAAAUCAUGGAUCCCUUGCAUAACCACUUAUGCUAUGGAGAAACAAUUCCGAGAUACAUAUACCACUGCAAAAUUCAAAGAGUUUCAACAAGAGCUAGUUGCCAAGGUCUAUUGUGAUUUAUCUUAUUUCAAAGAGAUUGGUUCCUAUAUGGAAUCUAUAAUAGAAGAAGAUGUUUUGGUUGGAGAGACUCAACGUCGUGUUCCUUUUGUGGUUUGCUUUGAUGAAGCAACUUGUGAUGUUCGUUGCAAUUGUCGAUUGUUUGAGUUUAGAGGAAUUUUAUGUCGACAUGCAAUUGUGGUAUUGAUUCGUAAGCAAAUUUCUCAUGUACCAGAAAAGUACGUUUUAAGACGGUGGAGGAAAAAUAUAAAUAGACACCAUACCAAGGUGAAGAUAAGUUAUAAUAGUUGGAGCACUAAUCUUGAUGAACAACGAUUUGAUGAGUUGUCUAAUUUAUUCAGUGUUGUAGCAGAUUUGGCAUCAAGCAAUGAGGAUGACUGUAAUAUGGUGAAAGAAAUGAUCAAUGAUAUGAAGAACAAAUUGAUGUCAAAUAAAAGUUUCGGGAUUGAUAAAAGACCAAACAUGUCAGGUAAUAGUAGAAUGAUUUGUGAAGGUGGUGAUGAUACUUUGAAAGAAGGGAGUAGUAAUAUUCUUACUCCAUGGGCUGUUCGCAGCAAAGGUCGUCCCCCAUUCAAAAGAAAACAAUCAAAGGUUGAAAAAAUUGUUCGUAAAGUAAAAGGGAAGAAAUUGCGACAACAAGAAGUUGCUAUGAGUUUGAAUCCUAGUCUCACACUUGGAUUUAAUCAAGCAACUCAGAAUAACAUGUGGUUGAGUUCUUGUUGUAUGUUGCACAGGGAUCAAAAGAACUUGAGUUUUAGGAAGUUGGAUGCUCAUGUUCAUCAACGGAAGGGCAGCAGCUCCAGGUUAAGAUUGGUGCCUGCAAAUGCUAGUGAUGUGAAUGAGUUGUUCAUGGAUAAUGCAUUGAUAAAUGAUGCAUGUCUUGGUCUCCAACAUUCAACAUUAAUUUCAGGGGAGACUAUUGGGUUGGUGCAGGAUUUUCUGUAUUUGGGUAUGUUGGUUGUUGUGUGGUGGGUGGCGUUGGUGCAUGGCCAAACAAAUGAUUCUGGAGAGUUUUGUUUGGAGAUGCAGCAGCAGAAAACUGCAUUUUUGCAGUUCCCAGAAUGUGUUCUGGAGUUGCAACUUCAAUGCUGCAUUUUGCUGGCUAUUAGUGCAGUGUUUUUGGGGCAUAAUCUUUGUAUAGAUGAUCUUGCAAUCUUUUUGUGA